CUAUGGGACCUGGGCAGAGGGAGCGCAGCAUCCUCAUCCCGCAGCGCUCCAGACAUUCCCUGUCGCUGGGCGAGGGAAGAGAGAUCCGCGCCCGACGCCGCCGGACUCGAGAAAAGUUUAUUUCGGUCGCCCGGGACCCCGACUGCCAGGGCCUUCCCGGGGCUAGAUCGCAGCUGUUCUAGGUUCCCUUCGUAGCUCCUCGCCUCCUUCCUUCCUACCCGCGUCUGGCUUUCGAGGGUACAGCCCUCCCGCAGCUGGAGGUUCGCCGGCGUUCGAGCCUUUCAUCCCUCUAUCCAUCCCCAGCAUCAUGAGUUCUUCUCUAAAGCGAGCCCCUCUGCUCUGCUCUGUCCUAAAGGGGCAAGUUCCUGGGAGCGCGCCUGCUUUCCCGCAGCAGCAGCUGCUGCCCACUUCGUCCGUGUGCGCCUUGGAGCCCAAGGCUCAGGUGCCCUCUUGCCCCAGGCACGCUCCCCAUUCACUUUCCACCCUGCCCGGUCCCACCAAGUGGCCGCUGUUGGGCAGCCUUUUAAACAUCCUCUGGAAAGGGGGCCUCAAGAAACAGCACCAGACGCUGGCUGAGUACCACCAGAAGUUUGGCAAGAUCUUCCGCAUGAAACUUGGAAGUUUUGACUCAGUUCAUAUAGGCGCACCCUGUCUGCUGGAGUCUCUCUACAGGAAAGAGAGUGCCUAUCCACAACGCCUGGAAAUUAAGCCCUGGAAAGCCUACCGGGAUUACCGUAAAGAGGGCUAUGGGCUACUUAUCCUAGAAGGGAAGGACUGGCAGAGAGUAAGAAGUGCAUUUCAGAAGAAACUAAUGAAGCCCAUGGAAAUUGUGAAGUUGGACACUAAAAUCAAUGAGGUCCUAGCUGAUUUUAUGUGCCAGAUAGACAUGCUCUGUAACAAGAAUGGAGAAAUAGAAGAUUUAUAUUCUGCCAUGAACAAGUGGUCAUUUGAAAGUAUUUGCCUGGUGCUGUAUGGGAAAAGAUUUGGACUUCUGAAACAGGACCUAGAGGAGGAAAGUUUGAACUUUAUCAAGGCUGUAAAAACGAUGAUGAGCACUUUUGGAAAGAUGAUGGUUACACCAGUUGAACUCCAUAGAAGUCUAAAUACUAAAGUUUGGCAAGCUCAUACAAAUGCAUGGGAUAAUAUAUUUAAGACAGUGAAAUGCUCUAUUGAUAGCAGGCUGAAGAAACACUCUGCAAAUCCCUCUGAAGACUUCCUUUGUGACAUCUACUUUGGGAGUCAGCUUUCGAAGAAAGAACUGUAUGCUGCUAUUACAGAGCUUCAGAUUGCUGGAGUUGAAACGACUGCCAACAGUUUACUUUGGGCUCUUUACAACAUCUCCUGCAAGCCAGAUGUCCAGGCAAAACUCUUUGAGGAGAUACAGAAUGUGGUUUCACCUGGAGAAGACCCAAAUGGUGAACACCUGAAAAAAAUGCCCUAUUUGAAGGCAUGCCUGAAGGAGUCUAUGAGGUUAACACCUUCUGUGCCAUUUACCACUCGAACCCUUGACAAAGAAACAGUCCUUGGGGAUUAUGCUCUUCCAAAAGGGACUGUGUUGAUGAUUAACACUCAUGCUCUGGGAUGCAAUGAAGAAUACUUCAGUAACUGGUGUGAAUUUCAACCAGAGCGUUGGCUGCAAAAAAACAUCCAUCCAUUUGCUCAUGCUCCAUUUGGCAUUGGAAAAAGAAUGUGCAUUGGGCGCCGACUGGCCGAGAUGCAACUUCAGUUAGCUCUCUGCUGGCUUAUACGGAAGUAUCAGAUUGUAGCAACUGAUGACAAGCCAGUAGAAGCCCUCCACUUAGGAAUCCUCAUCCCGAACCGAGAACUUCCCAUUGCAUUCAAACGUCGCUAAGAUUCUGCUGGAGGAGCAGUUGCCUUUUUUGGUAGACAACACUCUUGAAUUCUUGGGUUCCCAGGUCCUGCUAGAGUCUAGUUACAUUUUGAGCAAUGUGUGUUGACAGCAAGGAGAGAACAAAAGGAAUCCUAAACUAGCCUGGAGGCAAAUGAGUCAAGCUAUGUUGAGCACACCUAAGCAGUCACUUCAUAUUACUGUAAAAGCCAAACCCAUGCCAAAGGUAUGCAGUGGAAGAAUAGCAGAAUAAAAACUUGAUAGACGAUACUAGAUUUUUUCACCUAGUCUUGGCAAGAAAGAAAGAUCCAUUCUUCUUCAUCUGCUGUUGAGAAAUGUACAGUUCUCAACUCAGACUACCCAUGCUGUUAAAUGUUUGUAGGAAAACAAUGAUCAGGAAGAGAUGGAAUAAGUCUCUGAGUUCACUCUUGCCCUCAGGACAGAAAUGCUUGAGGAGAAAUUUUGCUUUGCCUGUUCCCCAGUUCCUGAUGGAAUUUAAAAUGAAGACUUUGUCUGCGAGGGGGUCAACAUGAUUGGGAAUGGGGAAAACUUUCUGAGGGAUGGACUGUGU